AACCAACACUGUCCAAGGACGAAAUGUAAAUUUGGUUCAUGCGGUGCAUUGCCUUUGCAGGGUAAAGUAACAGCAAGCUUAUAGGUUAUAUUUUCCUCUCUUGAUCUGCUGAAAACACAAUUUCCUCAUUUUCCGAUUAGUUGACUGUGCUGUCAUCUCUCCAAACAGAGAUUGCAGUUGUUGAAGGACUCAAAAAUGGCUGUUAAGUACCAUGCCUCUACAGUGACAAACUUGGAAAGUGACAACAGCAAAAUUGACUACAAGCAACCUGUUGUGGACGGCAGCAAGUUUCAGCAUUUAGUUCAUGCAUUGAGGAACAACCCUUUCCGGGUUGCAACACUCUGCCUCAGCCUGCUGUGUCUUCUCCUGCUGUUUGGGGUCAUAGGUCAGAGUGUUCACUACCGAAAAGUAGAGCAAGACCAUCAGAACCAACUAACAGCCAUGAGUAAAGACAAAGAGGAUCUCCAGGGGAAGUUGAAGACAGAGCAAAAAGAGGGAGCAGAUAUUGAGAUUAGCUGUAACAAGUUAACGGAUAGUAUCUCAGCCUUCUUUAGAAAGAGAGACCAGCUGCAGGCCAAUACAAAUUCACUAAGAGACGAAACAGACAGUCUUAGAGCUAGUGAAAGCCAGUUACAGGCCAGCCAUACUACUUUAAGCAAAGAGGUGGAACAGCUGAAAACCAGUAAAGAACAGUUGCAGAAUGCCAACAAUGUCCUGUCUAAAGAAAGAGACUUAUUACAUAAACAAUACGAUGCAGACCUCAAACUCAAAAAUGAGUUACAUGCUAGUUACGAGUCUGUGACCAAAGAAAGAGACAAUUUUCAGAAUAUUUUCAAUUUUGGAAAUAGAUCAGAAGAAGAGCUACGAAAAAGUUACAUGGAACAAGUAAAGAAGUUAGAACGUUUGCAAGAAAGACACAACUUCUCUACCUAUGAAAGUGACAAGCUGGCAAGUAGUCAUCAGGACCUGACCAACGAAAUAAUUAAGCUGCAGGACAACUACCAAAUUCUAAGAGUACGAGAAAAUAUUUUGUAUCAAAACCUUUCAAAGACAAUGCCACCUUCUCGUGGGCUGGAAUGCAAUAUACAAACCGAAGAAAGAGAAAAGUUGCAGAAAAUAAACGACGACCUGACUGAAGAAAGAGACCAGCUGCAGGGGGGAGUUGAGGGACUUAAAGCAACCAUUAAUGGAAAGACUUGUCAAACUGGCUGGAGGAGUUUUGAGAACAGUUGCUACUUCACUUAUACUGUGAAGAAAACCUGGAGUCAGGCCAGAGAGAGCUGCCAAAACAUAAAAGCAGAACUGACAAUUGUAAAGAGUCAACAGGAAAUGAAUUUCGUCAAUAGCUUGUAUGGAAGUGACCAAGAAGUUUGGAUUGGCCUGAGUGAUGGAGGAGUGGAGGGGCAGUGGAAAUGGGUAGAUGGGACACCGUUGACCACAACGUUCUGGGGUAAGGGCCAGCCCAACAGCCAUAACGGGAAGAACCAGGACUGUGUUGAGUUCUGGCACCGUGCGAAUGGAAUGGGUGAAUGGAACGAUGAGAGCUGUAGCAUACGUCAAUAUUUCAUGUGUGAAAUUUAAUUUUCUUGUACAUAGCAGCCUGGAGGUUUAGCUGAACUUGCUGAACUCUGCCUGGUACCAAUGAUUAUGAUGUUAUAAGAGGAGUGCUGUAAAAAUAUUUAUAAAGGGACUGCUAACAGUAAACAAAAAAAAAAUUCAUCUGACCAUUAACACAAAACACAGCAUUUCUCACAGCUUGAGCUGGAUAUACACUGGUUUGUGAUGAUGUAUUGAUUUUAGAUUUAACAGAUGGCCCAUUUUGGGUUGGUGCUAACACAGAUUGAAAUGCAUUGUUUGGAGAAAACCAUCAUUAACCACUCUCAAACUACUUGGGUUCAAAAUGUUCACAAGUUCUUUUAAUUCAAUCCAACGGUUCAUGUAGUCAGUAGUAGAUUCCUACGUUUCUGAGACUCAAACUGUUUUUAAACCAAACCUGGUCUCUGCAUCUGCCUAAUACACUGGCUGCAAGCUAAGACUGACAAUGAAGCCAAUGCAAAGGUACCAAAAAUUUAUUUUCUCAAGUUCAUUUAAGGCUGAUACCAAAAGAGAUUCAGCCCUCCAUUUUUAAAUGCCCUACUCUAAAGCAGAAAAAAAUGCCAUGAAAAGUGAUUUUUAUCAAGCUUUAUUUUAAUACCAUUUGUAUAGCUAUUUGCUUGAAAUCAAAUAAAAGGCCUGAAACUGUAAA